AUGACCACAUCACCGAUUCUCAUAUUUUCUUUUGCUACUGAUUUGAAUAGCAACUAUUUUUUAGAUGAUGUCUCUGUUACAUUAACUACUGCACCAUCUAUCCAAUUGCUCAACAAUCCAAGUUUUGAGAGUUCAACAACAAUACCAAACGGUUGGGUAGUAUGGUGUAAUUAUACUUGCAGUGCUGGUGGUGGUGCUGCGGUCACUUGGGGUACCAACUGCUAUUUAUCCACGGCUAACUGCUUUUUGGUCGAUUGUCCAGAUACCGGUAGUGGUGCACUUGUUUAUCUUGGUCAAUCUUUUCCGGCCACAGUUGGUAGUACUUAUAGAAUAGGAUUUCGGUUACGAAUGGCGUUUGGAGGAGGAAGUUUCAGUCAAACUCAAUUUAGAGUUUUUAUUCGAUAA